AUGAAUAAUUUACCAUCUGCGACAGACAAUGAGAAACAAUAUAAUACCCGAGGGCCAGUUGUUAAUGACUCUCUUACGAAAUACAGAAAUCCCAAUAAACCAGCCGUCCAAGACUCCCUGACCUCAUUCGACCAUCUCCUGAAAGAAAAGGCCGCCUUAAACGCCAACAUGCAUCGUCAUAAGAGGAAUCAAAUGCAAAAUUCUCCAACUAACACAACGCAUUUCUCGAAACCUAAUUACCGGCGCAAUCAGGCCGCCUUAAACGCCAACAUGGAUCGUCAUAAGAGGAAUCCAAUGCAUAAUUCCUCAACUAACAGAACGCAUUUUUCGAAACCUAAUUACCGGCGCAAUCAGUUUUCCGAGCCUAAACAUCAAUAUCGUCAAGCAAAUUUUCCCUCGAAGAUUUUUCGAAGCGGUCGCUAUCGAAGGUUUCCGAAACCAAGAACAACAGCAGACAAUACAGAUACAAGAGCAAGUCAAAUCAACCCGGCAUACAAAGUGAAUCCUUUCCAAUCAAAGUCAGAGUUACAGCUUGGAGAAACGGAGUCCUGGGAAGCUUACCUACAGCUGGUCAAUCGCACCUUGGACCAGUUUGGAACCUUC